CCCGUGGGGGGGGGGGAACAACUGGUCCUUUCACGCCUCAUGAAUGGAGCCAUGCCUUUGCUCAGAGUUUUCCCGCCGGCCACCCGUGCGGGCUCGCCCGCGCUGCGGCACCUCCACCGCUGCGGCACCUCCUUCCGCAGGAGGGUGCCGACAGCUGCGCUGCCUUGUUUGGUGAAUGUGAGGUGCAUAGCAAUAGGCACGCCUGUUGACCAUGCUGUCCCACUUCCAUUUCUUGUUGGAGGGACGCUAGCCGGAAUAGCCAGCGUCUCACACAAGGGUUCUCCUGCGUUUGGGACCGCCAGGCAUCAAAAGCAUCCUGCAAUAAUGACUUUUUGAACACGGUUGGUAUCCUUUUCUCCCGGCUUCAUCGAAGGUGCUUUGGUCGGGCGAGGUGGUUCGCGACGUGGUCACCCCAUCGCCGUACCGGCGGCCAAUGGACUGGGCAUGACUGGCUUGGGCCAAUGGUCGCUGAGACCGGGAAGGAGAUUGAUCCAACGGAAGGCCGCGACCACUGAGAGUCUUUCACUAGGUGAGCGAGAUGAGGUGCUCUCCUUGCCGCCAACUUUCUGGGAUAGCGUUGCAGAGCUUGAGUGGUGCGCAGUGUACAUAAAUCUGGCCAGAAGGCCUGACAGAAAAGCGAAGCUGCUGGAAAAGCUGCAGCACUUCAGCCCACAGCUCUGUCACCAGAUCCGCCGCUUAGAGGCCAUCGACGGGCAGCAGCUGACGUUGCGGCAUCCCGCGGUGGCCCUAAUCGUGGACGACGCCGCGGUGGACCGGGCGAGACACGCUCGAAGGCGUGGAGCCUACACCAUCGUGCACAGCGAGGGGCGCUUGCUCCAUUUCGAUAACCACCUCACCCUGGGUGGCAUCGCUUGUGCGAUGUCCCACCGCUUGGCCUUGGAAGCAGUGGUGAAGCAUCCGACGGCCCAGUGGGGCAUCAUUUUGGAGGAUGACAUUGCCGCCUUGGUGCCUAAGGCAGAGGAAGUCAUCCAGAAAGCGAUCGAACAACUGCCAGAGGAUUGGGACGCGCUGUUCCUAGGAUAUCAUGAUGAUGCUGGCCGUGCACACCCCGGAGCCUUUGAGCAGCCGGCUGGAGAGCCCAUCGAGGUCUCGGUGCGGCCGAUGCGGGAGCCCUGCUUUGGGCUCUUCGCCUGGGUGGUGCGACGGCCAGCGGCCGAGGCCCUUUUGCAGCAUUUGUUCCCCAUUGGCGGGCAGGUUGACCAUGCCAUCUCAUCUUGGCUGGUCCAAGAGCGUGGACGCUGCUAUCAAGUGGAGCCAGGUAGCAUGGUCUUCUUCAGCCCAAAGAGCGAAGAGGCUGAGGAUUCUGACAUCCAAACCAUGGCCACGGUUGAUGCCUUCAUGAACAAGUUUGAGUCCUGGCAGGCUUACUACGAACAUGUCUGGGGGAUGGAUUCCAUCAUGGAGGGCUACCUCUUGGGCGACAGCGAGGAUGAGGACUGGGAGGACUGGCUGCAGGACGAGUUUCAGAUGCCACUUUCAGGCAUCACGUCACCUCCCUGUGAUGUGCCGCCGCCCGAGUGCUAUGGCAGCGAGGCCUAGGUCUAGGUUGUCGAGCCGGGCAAUGAAAAAAGCGGUCCGCUGGGACGCGGAGUGG